CCGUGGGAAGCGCGGGGCGACCCGCCGGGGUCGCGGGCUGGCUUUCUGGAAGAAGAAAUUGACUAAAUGAAAAACAUGAAGUCAAAUAGGAUUAGAAUCCCACUUGUUAUUUUUUCAAGUCAGGGAAGUAAAAGUAUACAGGUGCUGGCACUCUGCAGUGAAAUCCUGGGUUUUAUUACCGGAAACACCCCGUUUUUCUAAUACUCAUUAUGUCAGAAGGGAAAUCUCCUGCAAAGAAAAGAGCUCGUAGAAGUUUAUCAGUCAGUAAAACUAAAAAAAAUGCGUGUAACUCUAUUAUUUCAUUUUUUAACAAUGUCCCACCUGCUAAACUUGCCUGCCCCAUUUGUAGUAAAAUGGUGCCGAGAUUCGACUUAAACCGGCAUCUCGAUGAAAAUUGUGCUAACAGUGGUGACAUCAUUCCAGUUGAUCUGAGGCAGGUUGGCUUAACGAAUUCAAAUGCGUCCUCCGUAAAUUCAACCCAUACUGUCUUAGAAGAUGUAACGCUAGAAAAGUUGUCACCAUCAAAGACAAGUUUAACCCCUGACCAAAGUGGUUCAGCAAAAACGGUCAUGAAACAGCAGACCAGCCCCUACUUUAAAAAUAAUAAUGACUUGGUGUGCAAAACUCAAGAUCAGCUGAGACAUCAUAAUGUGAAAGUCAUUACUCUGGGAAGCCUGUCAUCUAAACUGUCCAGAAGAUACACAGAAGCUAAAAGAUCAAUAUGUAAGAAGAAUGAGGAAUUUGCCAGUAAGAGUCCACAGAGUCCCCCAUCCACAGUGGUUAGGAGCCCGGUUUAUAACUGUUCAGAGACAGAGGACAAGGAUGAAAUUUUGGAGAACAGUUCUCAAAAGGAAAACGUGUUUACCUGUGACUCUCUUAAUGAACAGAGAACUCAGGAACAUACUGUAGAAGGCACUAAAACACUGGAAGCUGAAAGCCAAAAGGCUACCCAGGAAUGUGGGAGAUCAUCCCUAACCCCUGCCUUCUCAGAUAACGCUUCUGUGUUGUUUUCACCAGAUUUAACUCUUGGGAAUCCAUUGGGGUCUACUUCAGAGGACAGUCUUGAGUGGGAGACUGUCACAGGAAUAGACGGAAAAGAUGUUGAAAAAUGUGAGGCAGGUAGUUGUGAAGAAGUAAAAAUGACUGUUGCUUCAGAACCUAAAACACAGUUGUCAGAUUGGGAGGCAGAAUCUCACAGUUCUACACAGGAUGACUCUAAAGGUUGUAACAUCCAGGGCCUUCCAGAAGGUGACAGUGACUUAAAGAAUGAAAUCACUUGCAUAAUUCCUUCGGAGCAGGGGUCAAGAUGUGAUGUUCCUGAUAAAACGAUUACAGUACCACCCAGUCAUCCUUACUACCUUCGGAGUUUCCUGGUGGUGCUGAAAGCUGUAUUUGAGAACGAAGAGGAUAGGAUGCUCUUCGAUGAACAUGAGAAGGAAAUUGUAACUAAAUUUUGUCAGUUAUCAGAUAGUGCUCAGAAGUUAUAUGUAAGACUUUUUCAACGUAAAUUCAGCUGGAUUAAGAUGAAUAAAUUAGAAUAUGAAGAGAUUGCCUCUGACCUAACACCUGUGAUUGGAGAAUUGCGGCAAGCAGGCUUUCUGCAGACAGAGUCUGAGUUGCAAGAACUCUCUGAAGUGCUUGAACUGCUUUCUGCUCCUGAACUAAAAACCCUGGCGAAGACCUUCCACUUGGUGCAUCCCAACGGACAGAAGCAGCAGCUGGUGGACACCUUUCUCAAACUGGCCAAACAGCCUUCAGUCUGCACUUGGGGCAAGAAUCAGCCUGGAGUUGGUGCGGUGAUUUUAAAAAGAGCUAAAGGCUUGGCGGGACAGUCACUGCGAGUCUGUAGAGGUCCUCGAGCUGUUUUCUCCCGGGUCUUGCUGCUGUUUUCAUUGACGGACUCACUGGAAGAUGAGGAUGCUGCCUGUGGAGGUCAGGGACAGCUUUCUACUGUGCUCUUGGUCAAUCUUGGCCGAAUGGAGUUUCCCAGGUACACCAUUAAUCGGAAAACCCAAAUCUUCCUAGACAGAGACGAUCUUAUCAGAUAUGCAGCCGCUGCGCACAUGCUGAAUGACAUUUCUACCGCGAUGGCCAACGGGAACUGGAAGGAAGCUCACGAGCUCUCUCAAUGCGCAAAACGUGAUUGGAACAAACUGAAAAGCCACCCUUCUUUGAGAUACCACGAGAACUUACCAGUGUUUCUGCGCUGUUUUACCGUUGGGUGGAUUUAUACAAGGAUUUUGUCUCGGACUGUUGAAAUAUUGCAGCGACUUCACAUGUAUGAGGAAGCAGUCAAGGAGCUUGAAAGCCUCUUGUCCCAGAGAGUGUAUUGUCCUGACAGCAGAGGCCGGUGGUGGGAUAGACUGGCGCUCAACUUACACCAGCACUUGAAACGCCUUGAACCGGCUGUUAGGUGCAUCACAGAAGGGCUGGCCGAUCCGGAAGUCAGGACGGGACAUCGUCUUUCACUGUAUCAGCGAGCUUUGCGCCUGAGAGAGUCUACGAGCUGUCGGAAGUACAGGCACCUCUUCCAUCACCUGCCAGAAAUAACUGUGGAUGAUGUCAAACAUGUGACCAUCACGGGUCGGCUGUGCCCGCAGCGCGGGAUGGGCAAGUCUGUGUUUGUGAUGGAGGCUGGGGAGCCCACCGCCCCUGCCACAGUCCUGUGCUCUGUGGAGGAAGUGGCGCUGGCCUAUUACAGAUGCAGCGGCUUUGACCAGGGGAUUCAUGGGGAAGGGUCCACCUUCAGCACGCUGUUCGGCCUCCUCCUGUGGGAUAUAGUCUUCAUGGACGGGAUACCAGACGUCUUCAGAAACGCCUACCAGGCCUUCCCGCUGGACUUGUGCACGGACAGCUUCUGCGCCAGCCGGCAGCCGGCCAUCGAGGCCAGGCUGCAGCAGAUUCACAGUGCGCCCGUGGAGAGCCUGCGCGCCUGGGUGGCAGCUGUGUGGCAGGCACAGGAGGGCAGAGUGGCUUCCCUUGUCAGCUGGGAUCGCUUUGCUUCUCUUCAGCAAGCUCAGGACCUCGUUUCCUGCUUGGGCGGCCCCAUCCUCAGUGGUGUGUGCCGGCGCCUGGCCACAGACUUCCGACACUGCCGAGGGGGCCUCCCCGACCUGGUGGUGUGGGACUCCCAGAGCCGUCGCUGUAAGAAGCAAGUCACAGAUUCCAGUGCCCCCGUCCAAGGGAAGAAAUUCUGCAGGUGUGAACACCGGGAGGCUGAGAUGAUGGGGUGCUGUUCUCUAAGCUCCCAGGAGUGAAUGCCUUGUCACAUGUUCAGGGCCGAGGGCCACCUUGCCUCACCUUGGUCUUCCCCUGCUGCAUCCCAGGUUGGUUUUUAUUACUGAGUUCUGAGAUUAAAAUAAAAUUCUAGAUACAAAUCCUGUAUCAGAUAUAUUUUAUCCCAGGCUGUGGCUUAUCUUUUCAUGCUCAUAAUAGUAUCUUUUAAAGAGCAAAAAUCUUAAAUUUUGGCCAAGUCCAACUUCUCUGUUCUUUAACGGAUCAUGCUUUUGGGAUCAUGGGAUAUCUCAGACUGGAACUGUGUGGAUUUGUGUAUUUCUCCUUGCAGUUUAGUUCUCUCCAGUUUGCUUCCUAUAUUUUGAAGCUCUGUGAUUAGAUGUAUAAAUUUGAAGGCCUGUCACAUCCACUUGAUGAGUUGAUCUCUUCAUCAUCAUGAAAUGACCCUCUUUUAUUCCUGGUAGUGUUCUCCACUCAGAAACCAACCGAUACUAGUAAAUGGCCACUCCAGCUUUCUUUUGAUUAGUGCUAACAGGACGUAUCUUUUUCUGUUCUUACUUUAACUUGUUUCAUCUUUAACAGGCUUCUUGUAGGCAGCAUUAUACCUGGGUAUGACUUUUUAAUUCACUUUGACAACCUCUUGCCUUUUAAUUGGGUAUUUGGACCAUUUACAUUUGAUGUGAUUAUUGAUAAUUGGCUUUAAAGCUACCAUCUUGAGGGGCGCCUGGGUGGCUCAGUGGGUUAAAGCC